GCGGAGUUCGUAGCUGAAUUCGCCACGUGCUUACGUUGUGUUUACGUUUUUCGCCACCCCGAAAGAAACGGAGCAAGUUAACACAGGAUAAACAAAAUGGCCAGACGACCAGAGCACUCGGCACCGCCGGAAAUAUUCUACAAUGACGAUGAGGCCAAGAAAUAUUCCACAAACUCCCGCAUAAUUGAAAUCCAAGUGGAGAUGGCAGAACGUGCCCUAGAACUGUUAGCUCUGCCUGAUGAUGAUGAGACCCGUUUGAUUCUGGACAUUGGAUGCGGCUCUGGACUUUCUGGCAGUGUCUUGGAGGACAGCGAUCACAUGUGGAUUGGCAUUGACAUAGCCAAAGCCAUGCUGGACAUCGCCCAGGAGCGUGAGGUGGGCGGAGAUGUUGUUCUAGGCGACAUGGGCGAGGGCAUGCCCUUUAGGCCGGGCACAUUCGAUGGUGCCAUUUCGAUAUCUGCCCUUCAAUGGCUAUGCAACGCCGACAAGUCCUAUCACAAUCCUCACAAGCGUCUGCUAAAAUUCUUCACUACGCUCUACUCCUGCCUGACACGUACAGCUCGUGCAGUGUUCCAGUUCUAUCCCGAAAACUCGGAUCAAGUUGAUAUGGUGACAUCACAGGCAAUGAAGGCCGGUUUCUAUGGCGGCUUGGUUGUGGAUUAUCCGAAUUCGGCUAGGGCCAAGAAAUAUUAUUUGGUCCUAAUGACUGGAGGAGCAGCCGAGUUACCCAAAGCCUUAGGCUCUGCUGAGGACGAGCGACGCGUUAAUUAUAUCAAGAAGCGCGACGCUUGCCGUGAUGCUCGUGGCAAAGCCCCAAAGAAAUCUCGUGACUGGAUCCUGGCCAAAAAGGAGCGCAGACGUCGCCAGGGACUGGAGACACGACCGGAUACCAAAUAUACCGCACGCAAGCGGAGUGGACGGUUUUGAUUUAAAUCGAUUGAUCUACUGUAUAUUCACAUCCUUGUUAAUAUCGUAAUUAAAACAAUUUUUACGCUUAAGCAACUAAAAGAA